AUGGUUAAAACCAAGACGGGCCGGGGUAAGUCGUGGUGUCCCUCUUCAGUGGACCUGCUGCUUGACAUCGCUGCCGCGGUCUUACCCUUGGGUAAGAACCAAUGGGAAAAGGUUGCCCAACGUUUCGGUAUCGAGGCGACUGCCCAGUCUCUGCCGCAUCGGGAUGCAGAAGCGCUGAAGAGAAAGUUCCUGCUUCUCAAGAAUGUUCAGAAACCAACCGGCCAUCCCGACUACCCCCCCCUCGACGUCCUGCGUGCAAAACGUCUGCAAAGAGAAAUCGAGAGCUCUGUGGCGGUCCUGUCGAUGAAUGCAACCAUUUCGAUGGAUGAUGAACCUGACGACAGCGACGACUGUAGCGAUGACACCUUUCAGUCGGCCACGAUGCAGUCACAACUACCAACUCAACUGGAUGAUCAACGCGUUGAGGUCGGUCGAACGGGUUUGCAACCCUCCGAGCUUCAAGCGCUGAGCGACAAGCUCAAACGUAAACAAUCCGAUACCGGUGGUUUACCGUCGUACACGGCAAAAAAGAGGCGCUCAAUUGAAGGAGAGUUGGAGUCAGAUGCGAAGGCAUCGUCCGACAUGAUGACGUUCCUUAUGGUUAUGAGGGAGCGGGAUGCCAAGCGUGAAGAGAUGAGGUACGAGCGACAGCAAAAGACCGACAGGUUGCGUGAAGAGCGGGUGGAAAAGGCCGACAGGGAUCGGGAAGCCCGCGAAGCUCGCCGCGACGAAUUGCAGUUUCUCCUUCUUGGCAAAAUAUUUGGGAAAAAUGAAUCGAGUUAA